AUGGCUUGUCGGAACCGUAAGAUUGCGCUGACUACGAUCUUUGUCGCGUGGGUCCAUGCACAAACAGUUGCGGAUGUACCAAUCGUUGUCGCGCCGAGCGGUGAGUGGAACGGUCUAGACGGGCCUUGGUCAACCUUCAAUCUGGGUGUUGGCAAGCCUUUUCAAGCAUUUCAAGGCAUCCCUGGACUGAAUUCACCUGCGUUUAUCCUGCCAGUUGAGACAGAACUGUGCAAGUUAAACUCAUGCCCUGGACGAACGACGUUCGACCGCAAUAGUUCCAGCACUUGGCAAGAUACUGGCAUAUAUAGUCUACCCCUUCCCGACUUUAUCUCCAAGACCAUGGCCAUUGGGAAUGCCACGCUCGGAGCCUUGUGGGGAAAAGAUGCUGUAUACCUCGGUAACUCAGCCCGAGAUGUUCCCUCCGACAUUUUCGUUAUCUUAACUUCCCUACCUAGCUUUACGACAGGUAUAUUUGGGCUGUCCGCUGGUGAGGUGGGGGUUUCGGGUUUUACAGUACCCUCCCUACUCACGAGCUUGCGUCAAGAGGCAAAAGCAAUUCCAAGUCUCUCAUUCAGUUAUACUGCAGGAUCUGUGUCACCUCAAGGGGACUCAUAUGGUAGUCUGAUACUGGGUGGAUACGACGCCUCGCGGUUUGAUCCCAGCACAAUGAUAUCGAUUCAGAUGCCAAGCUCCAUGAACAACACGCUGUUUGUGUCAGUAGACUCGAUUUCCUUUUCAGGAUCUCAAGCAGUGUGGAAGGCGGGAGCCACUUUUUAUAUCGACUCCACAUUGCCCCAGAUAUGGUUACCCAUAGAGGCUUGUGCGGUCUUUGAAACAACAUUUGGGCUGGUUUGGAACAAAACUGCGGAGCUUUACCUCCUGGAUGAUGCCAAACACAGUUCAUUACAGUCAUCAAACGAGACGGUCAACUUCACAGUUCGUGAAGGCGCUACUAGAACUGUCAGCUACUCGUUGCCUUACGCCGCUUUCGAUCUAACGGCUUCCAAUCCUUUCGGAAAUGGAACCUCGUCUCGCUACUUUCCCUUGAAGCGUGCCUCAAACCCAUCACAGUAUGUGCUUGGUCGAGCGUUCCUGCAAGAAACCUACAUCGUUGUUGACUACGAGCGUGCCACUUUCAAUCUCAGCCAAGCGUACCCAGAGGGUGGCUCGACCCGCAUCAUAGCAAUUCCUGCUCUGAACAACUCCACAUCGAACACCACGAGCUCAAAUCCAGGCUCUUCAGAUGGCAAUCUUGACUCUACUGCUCAGAGAUCCAGUACUCUGUCGACCGGAGCAUCUGCUGGAAUAGGCGUUGGGGUUGCUGUCCUCGUCCUCAUCGCAAUUGGCUUCAUCGUUGCUUGGAAGAAGCGAUGGGGCUUCUUCCGCACAGAGCAAAUUCGGCAAGAACAAGGACAGAUCGAAAAGGCUGAGCUGGAUGGAAACGCAAAGCCUUGGGUAGAGGUUCCUGCGAAAGAGAAGACUGAGCUUCCAGCUCCUAAGGCUAGUCAAGAGGUUGCUGGUUCUCAAGCGCCGGUCCCUGAACUCGAAGGAAACAACGUUGUCCACGAGCUUUCUGCAAAUCACGACACCCAUUGA